CACUAGUAGCGAUGACGAAGCUAGCAUACCAUCAGCCGGAAAUAGAAAACAGUGGCAAUAUGCUCAUUGUAAUAUGCGUAGUCAAGGUCGAGGUCAAGGUAGCAGGCGCAGUAGCAAAUCUAAGAAACAUAGUAAGAAUAGUGCUGAAUUAGCUGAUGAUGAUCCUAAUACAGUAAAAUCUUUUCCUCCUACAAGUUGUGAAGGGCUUUUGGAGAAAAUGUGUACCGCGAUUUACUUAUCUCUUGAUGAAUUUCAGAACAUUACUAUUACUGAAAUAUCCACUAUCGAAGAAGAAGAAUGUGAUUCAUUAAGUGCUGAAUUAUGUAACUCAUUUUUA